GCACCACCACCAGCCAUGCCUUUUGUUUUAUACAUAUGUAUAGCAUACUUAUAUACAGCAUGUUUUAGGAUGCCGUGACCUAUAAUGAUGUGCACAUCAACUUCACUCAGGAGGAGUGGGCAUUGCUGGAUCUUUCACAGAAGAAUAUCUACAAAGAUAUGAUGCUGGAGACAUAUAUGAACCUCACUGCUAUAGGAUACAAUUGGGAAAAUCUUGACGUUGAAGAACAUUGUCAAAGCUCUCAAAGACAUGAAAGGGCUGAAAGAAGUCAAACUGGAGAGAAACCAUAUGAAUGUAAUCAAUAUGGUAAAGCCUUUCCUCAUCAUAGUUCUCUUCAUUUGCAAAAAAGAAGACAUACUAGAGAGAAACUCUAUGAACAUAAUCAGUGUGGGAAAUCCUUUGUACAACACAGUACUUUUCAAAUGCUUGAAAGUACAGAUACUAGAGAGAAACUGCAUGAAUGUAAUCAGUUUGGUAAAGACUUUGCUCAAAACAGUGGCCUUCAAAGGCAUGAAAGAACACACACUGGAGAGAAACAGUAUGAAUGUAAAGAGUGUGGUAAAUCCUUUUCACAUCACAGACAUCUUCAAAGGCAUACAAGAACACUCUUUGGAGAGAAAACAUAUGAAUGCAAUCAAUGUGGUAAAGCCUUUGCAAAUCACAGUCACCUUCAAAGGCAUGAAAGAACACAUACUGGAGAGAAACCAUACAAAUGUAAUCAAUGCGGUAAAGCCUUUGUAACUCACAGUAAAUUUCAAAGUCAUGAAAGAACACAUACUGGAGAAAAACCAUAUGAAUGCAAUCAUUGUAGAAAAGCCUUUUCAGAUUAUAGUCAUCUUCAAAGGCAUGAAAGAACACAUACUGGAGAGAAACCCUAUGAAUGCAAUCACUGUGGUAAAGCCUUUGCAGAUCAUAGUCACCUUCAAAGGCAUGAAAGAACACAUACUGGAGAGAAACCUUAUGAAUGCAAUCAUUGUGGUAAAGCCUUUGCAGAUCACAGUCAUCUUCAAAGGCAUGAAAGAACACAUACUGGAGAGAAACCUUAUGAAUGCAAUCACUGUGGUAAAGCCUUUGCAGAUCAUAGUCAUCUUCAAAGGCAUGAAAGAACACAUACUGGAGAGAAACCCUAUGAAUGCAAUCACUGUGGUAAAGCCUUUGCAGAUCAUAGUCACCUUCAAAGGCAUGAAAGAACACAUACUGGAGAGAAACCCUAUGAAUGCAUUCACUGUGACAAAGCUUUUGCACAUCAUAGGCACCUUCAAAGGCAUGAAAGAACACAUACUGGAGUCAAACCCUAUGAAUGCAAUCAUUGUGGCAAAGCCUUUGCAGAUCACAGUCACCUUCAAAGGCAUGAUAGAACACAUACUGGAGAGAAACCCUAUGAAUGCCAUCACUGUGGUAAAGCUUUUGCAGAUCACAGUCACCUUCAAAGGCAUGAAAGAACACAUACUGGAGAGAAAUUCUAUGAAUGUAAUCACUGUGGUAAAGCCUUUGCAGAUCACAGUCAUUUUAAAACACACAAAAUAACGCAUACUGGAAAGAAACCCUAUGAAUGUAAUCUGUGUAAUAAAGCCUUUGCAUAUCACAGUUAUCUUCAAAUACAUAAAAGGAGACAUACAGGAGAGAAACCCUAUAAAUGUAACCAAUGUGUUAAAGCCUUUGCACAAAACAGAUAUCUUCAAAACCAUAAAAAAACACAUACUGGAGAGAAACCAUAUGAAUGUAGUCAAUGUAGUAAAGCCUAUGAACAUCAAAGUCAUCUUCAAAGGCAUGAAAAAACACACACUGGAGAGAAACCAUAUGAAUGUAUUCAAUGUGGUAAAGCCUUUGCAGAUCACAGUCAUUUUAAAGCACAUGAACCAAUGCAUGCUGGAAAGAAACUCUUUGAAUGUAAUCUGUGUAAUGAAGCCUUUGCACAUUACAGUCAUCUUCAAACGCAUACAAGAACAUAUACUGGAAUGAAACCCUAUGAAUGUAAUCAGGGUAGUAAAGCCUUUUCACAUCACAGUUGUCUUCAAAUAUAUAAAAAGAGACAUGCAGGAGAGAAACCUUAUUAAUGUAACCAAUGCAGUAAAGCCUUUCCUUGUAACAGUGAUCUUAAAGUACAUAAAAGAACACAUACUGGAGAGAAACCCUAUGGCUGUAAUCAGUGUGGUAAAGCCUUUGCACAUCAUAGUC